UUGAUCAGCCACAUAACUAAUGAGAAAUGAAAACAAUAAUGGACACGAACGCAUAGGAGAGUAAUUUAUUAUUGGUGUUAUUGUUGAGGCCAGUAUCGUCAGAAAUGGAUAUCGCAAAGGCUGUGUUUGGUGACCAUUCUACUGAAGGUUACAGUAGUAAGGUUACUAAUGUGGAAACACUGUCAGAAGAUGAGGAAGAAGACAUCAUUGGCUCGGCCACUGGCGAGGGCAUCAGCAUCACAGUCACCCCCAGCUUCAACAGCAACUCCGACUUCACCCCCACCCCCGGCGGUCCGUUCUCCGCCCUCACCCCAUCCAUGUGGCCCCAGGAUAUCAUGGCAAAGAUCAAUCAUCCUCCAGAGGACCCAAAUGGACAGUUAGAUUAUCGGUAUGAUGAGUUUGGCUUCAAGGUUGAAGAAGAAGAUGGACCUGAAGAAAAUUCCAGCAAACUUCUCAGCACACCUUUUAUAGAAGACGCACAGCACAGACUCAAAUGGACGGCUUACUUAGAGUUUACCCACAACAAUGAAGUGGGCGACCUCACGUGGGAUAAGGUUGAAGCUAGAUUGCCCCGAUCAGAGAAGCUGAGAGGCAUGGUGAGGCAGGGCAUCCCCCACUCCAUUCGUGGCCAGAUGUGGCUACGUUUGUCUGGGGCCCUGGAUAAGAAGCGCAAGUCGGAUCUCUCCUACAAAGACGUGGUCAAGGCCAGCAGCAGUGACCAUCUCAUGACUUCCAAACAGAUUGAAAAGCGUCACUGCUUCUGUUCAUGGAAGAGGAGGAUACGUUUUGGAUGAUGUGUGCCAUUAUUGAAGAUCUACUGCCGGCCUCGUACUACUCCAGUACUCUGAUUGGCAUCCAGGCCGACCAGAGGGUACUGCGACAACUGGUCAUCAGCUACUUACCUGACAUCGACCUGGUUCUCAAGGAACACGAUAUAGAGCUGUCGCUGAUCAGCCUGCAUUGGUUCCUGACUCUGUUUGCCAGCGUGGUUCACAUGAAGGUCCUGCUGAGACUGUGGGAUCUGUUCUACUACGAGGGCUCCGUCGUCAUAUUCCAGAUCACCAUGGGCAUGUUGAAGCUCAAGGAACACGAGCUACAAGGCUUGGACAACUCUGCCCAGAUUUUCAACGCUUUGUCUGACGUACCGGGAGAUGUGGAGGACGUGGAUGAACUCAUUGAUCAACUGAACAAGCGGCAGCUCCGGAGGUCAAGGUCGCUGAUGUCGGUCCUGUGGGGCGGGAGUCAGGAGGACGACGACUUCGGCAAGGCCAAGAACAUCCGGCAGACGGAGCUGCUGGUGGACCUAAGGGAGGCCAUUCUGCAGGUGGCCCGGCACUUCCAGAGUCUGGAUCCCAAGAACACAAAAGUGGUUCUGACGGCAGACUACAGCAUGGAGAGUCACGCCAAAGACCUGGAGAACUACGUGAACGUUGCCAGGAACCGACGGAGGAGAGCCAAAGCUUUGCUGGACUUUGAGAGACACGACGACGACGAACUGGGCUUCAGGAAGAAUGACAUCAUCACGAUCAUCUCCCAAAAAGAUGAGCACUGCUGGAUCGGCGAGCUGAACGGCCUGCGUGGCUGGUUCCCGGCCAAGUUUGUGGAGGUGCUGGACGAGCGGAGCAAACAUUACUCGUCAGCGGGCGACGAUUCUGUCACUGAGGCCAUCACCGAUCUCGUGCGAGGAACGUUGUGCCCGGCUCUGAAGGCAAUUUUUGAACACGGUUUGAAGAAGUCAACGAUUCUGGGAGGGAAUUGUCACCCCUGGCUGUUUAUAGAAGAGGCUGCGACGAGAGAGGUGGAGAAAGAUUUCCAGAGCGUGUACUCGCGUCUGGUGUUGUGUAAAACCUACAGGCUGGACGAGGAUGGCAAAGUGUUGACUCCGGAGGAGGUUCUUUAUAGGGCUGUCCAAGCUGUGAACAUCAGCCACGACGCGUGCCACACACAGAUGGACGUGAAGCUCCGCUCCCUCAUUUGCUGUGGUCUCAAUGAGCAAGUCCUCCACCUGUGGCUAGAGACCCUGUGUUCCUGCAUGGACAUCGUAGAGAAGUGGUACCACCCUUGGUCCUUCAUGAGGAGCCCGGGCUGGGUGCAGAUCAAGUGUGAGCUCAGACUGAUGAGCCAGUUCUCGUUCAGCCUGUCCAAGGACUGGGAGCUGCCCCACCAGCUGGACUCUUUCCGCCCCUUCAAGGAGGGCGUCAAGGACAUGCUGGUCAAACACCAUCUUUUUUCCUGGGACCUAUGAGGUCAGGGGUUAGAGGUCAUCUCUGCUCCUGAGACCUAUGAGGUCAGAGGUUGUGGGUCAAACACCAUCAAUUCUCCUGUGACUUCUGAGGGGCUGAUUGUCUGAGGGUUGAGGGUCAAGACUAUAUCUUCUCCUGGGACCUCUGAGGUCAGGGGUUGAAGGUCAAGACCAUCUCCAUUUUUCUUUUUUAGACCUCUGAGGGUUGAGGGUCAAGACCAUCUCUUCUCCUGGGAAAUAUUAGGUCAGGGGAUUGAGGGUCAAGACCAACGCUUUUCCUUUGACCUAUGAGGGUUUAGGGAUGUGGGUCAAAACCAUCUCUUUUUCUGAGAUCUGAGGGUUGAGGGUCAAGCACCAUCUCUUCUCCUGGGACCUCUGAGGGUCUGGUGGUCUUACGCUUAGUAAGUCUUAGUAUCUCAGAGGCUGGCUGUAUGAGGGUCUCAGAGUUUGAGAGUCUGUGUCUGAGGGUCUGGGAAUCUGAGUCACAGAGUCUGAGGGUGUCGAGAAGGAUUGGUUGUGUUUGAAGCUUUGAAGCCUGGAUCACUCGUGUAUUGGCGUGUGUGUGU